CUCCUACAGUGUAUUUCUGAAGCGAUCCAAAAUGCCCGGUGAAGUAGGGUGUGGCGCCAUUGACAUAUCACCAGCGCAAGAUGGUGGAGUCCUGAAAGAAAUCAUCAAGCCUGGCGCCGGUGAUCUCACUCCAUCGAAUGGAUCCACAGUCAAUGUCCACUACACGGGAACGCUGGUCGAUGGGACUAAGUUCGACUCUAGCAGGGACAGAGGCCCUUUCAGCUUCAGUCUUGGACAAGGUUCUGUCAUUAAAGCGUGGGACAUAGGUGUGGCCACCAUGAAAAAAGGAGAAAUCUGUAAAUUAACAUGUCUCCCAGAGUACGCUUACGGAAGUAGAGAGACUGGCUCAAUACCUGCCAAUUCCACUUUAAUUUUCGAAAUUGAAAUGUUAGACUGGGAGUUAGAAGACCUGUCGAGUAAACAGGACAAAGGAAUUCUACGACAAAUACUUACACCCGGUGUAGAGAUCUCCACUCCAUCCUCUGGAAGCACUGUUGAUGUGCACGUAACGGGAGAGUACAACGGAACAGUCUUCGAUGACAGAGAUGUUUCAUUCCCUCUCGGUGAGGGCUCAGAGUUUAAUAUCCCUAAAGGAUUAGAGAAAGCGUUGCAGAAGUUCAAAGUCAAGGAAAAGUCGCGGCUUGAGAUCAAAGCGAGGUAUGGAUUUGGAUCAGAAGGAAACAAACAGCUUAAUGUCCCACCUAACGUUGAUCUAGUCUAUGUUGUUACAUUGAAUAGUUUUACAGAGUUAAAGAAGGGUUGGUCCAUGGAUGAUGCAGAGAAAAUCAAGCACGCUAAAAUGUUUAAGGAAAAAGGACUCAAGUACAUCAAUGCCCAGAAAUACAAUUUAGCUCUCAACAUGUACAAAAAUAUGAUUACAUACAUCGACUCUGGAUACGGUUUCAGUGAAGAACUAGAAAAAGAGAGGAAAUCGCUGCUUAUUGCUGCUCGUUUGAACUGCGCCCUGUGUUUGCUGAAACAGGAAAAAUACACAGAGGCUCAGGCAGCUUGUAAAGAAGUUUUGGAUGUGGAUCCCAACAACAUCAAGGCUCUCUAUCGAAGGGGACAGGCGUAUCUAGGUUUGUCGGAUGCAGAUGCGGCAAAGGAAAGUUUUGAAGCUGUCCUGAAAGUUGACAGUUCGAACAAAGCGGCCGCUAGCGCCCUUGCGCAGUGCAACAAGAAAAUUAAAGAACAAAAAGAGAAGGAGAAGCAAGUUUACUGGAACAUGUUCGCAAAGUUCGCCAAGAAAGACCAAGAGGAAAAAGAUUGGCGGUUUGGUUGGUGGGACGGAAAGAAUGUUAAUGUCGAGAAGUACGAAUCGGACCCAGAAGAUGAUGAAGAGCAAAAGAAAGAGAAGAGGAAACAGCGAGAGAUCAUUGCUAAAAAAGCUGCAGAAGUCAGAACUCGUCGUGAGAAAGAACGCCAGGAACAGCUCGAGAGGGAGAAGACAGAAAGUGAAAAGGAAAAAACAGGGAUGAACGAAAAUAACGACUGCAAGAACACACAAGGAAACAUAACAGUGGAUGACAAUAAAAUAACUGACAACGGGAACGCAGAACGAACGUUAACCGAGUAGAAGAGUGCUAACGACUGAUCUCAAAGAAGACGAGGAGCGGAAGAAACAGCCGGACGUGAUGAAAACGCUGGGCGAAUGGGGCAAGGACGAACGAGAGCGAGAGCCAACCAACUUCGAAAA